CUUCCUUCUCCGCGAUACUUUGUUCACAGCGUAGUAUUCGUACAUGCAGACAAACACCAGAUUCCCGCCGCGUGACACCUCCGCAAGGCCCGGCAGCGGCCACUCAACGCGUGGGUUCUGCAGGAGACAUGCAUGGCCGCCAUCAUUGUGCAUGUUGCAUCUUGGUCUUGUUUUCCCCCUUCUUGCCCGGCCCCCAGUCCAGGCCCUUCGGCCGUCUUCGCUUUGCUUUUCUAGGGCAGCCAGUGAGUGAUCGCAUCUGCAUCUGCAUGUGCGGUUGCGUUUGUACCUGACCCUUCCUGAGCCGUGUGGACGGGACGGGCGAAUCAUCUAUACCGUGUAGAGGUACCCAACCAUCACCCGUCAGCCAUCACCGCCCAAGAUGCUCGUGCAUACGGGUAUGUACGUGGUGGUAGUCCUAUAUUU